UAGGUGGCGGCAUGCACCUCUAACGUUGGUUUGUAGCUCGCCAGUAAAAUAGAAGAAGAAGAAGAAGAAGAAGAAGAAGAAGAAGAAGAAGAAGAAGAAGAAGAAGAAGAAGAAGAAGAAGAAGAAGAAGAAGAAGAAGAAGAAGAAGAAGAAGAAGAAGAAGAAGAAGAGUUGUUGUUGUGUUCGUUUCGUGUCGCUGGCAUCAUCAUCUCCAACUUUACUGUUUGACUGUGGAGUUGAACUAGUCAGAGAAAUGUCUUCAGCACAGACAUUUUCAGGUAAAGACCCAAACCAACACAAGCGUGUAUCUGUUCAGUCCAACCCUGGAUUCCUGGAGCGAUUAAGUGAAACUGCAGGAGGAACUGUUGUUGGCGUCGGACUGUUUUUCCUCUCAAUUUAUGUUCUCUUCACCAAUGAGGGGAGGGCUCUGCAAACAGCAUCCUCCCUGGAUGAAGGUCUUUCUCAGGUUGUGUCGUUGGGGCCUUUCUCCAGCCUCGACCUGCAGAACAACAACCGUCUAGUUCAUCUGUCUGCACAGCUGCGCACCUCACAGCCCCUGCAUGACCCCAACUACAGAGUGGUGGUGCAGGCAGUGAAGCUGAAGAGGCAGGUGGAGAUGUAUCAGUGGGUGGAGUACCGGGAGAGCAAGGACUACCAAGAGGACGGUGAGACCAAAACUGAGACGACGUACACCUACAACACCGAGUGGAAAUCAGAGUUGAUCAACAGUCGGAAUUUUGAUAAGGAAAUCGGUCACCAGAACCCAAGUGCCAUGGCUGUUGAGAGUGUCACGGUGGUGACUCCUGAAGUCAGAGUUGGACCUUUCAUUCUGUCUAAAGGCCUAGUGGAGCAGAUAAAUAACUUCCAGACGCUGAGUUUGAGGGAUUUCACUGCCUUUAACUUGGACCCUUUUCUCAGCGUUGAUGACGAUUAUUUCUAUCACACUCAAUUCCCACGCAGGCCGGAGGUUGGGGAUGUGCGCGUGAGAUUCUCCUUCGCUGGACUGAGUGGUGAGACGUCUCCCCUCGGCCCGCCUCAAACUGUCAGUAUCGUGGCCAUGCAGAGAGGGGAGCAGCUGAUGCCUUUUAAAACCAAGUCAGGAGACACUCUGGAGAUCCUGUACCUGGAGGAGCUCUCUGCAGAGGAGGUUUUUAUGAAAGAACACCAGCACAACAGUAUGAAGACAUGGGGACUCAGGGCUGCAGGCUGGGCCCUCAUGUUCCUUAGUAUUCAGCUGACCAUGCGCAUCAUCUACACAUUGGUGGAUUGGGUUCCUGUUCUCAGAGAGCUUGUGUCCGUGGGGCUGAAGAUCUUCGCCUUGUGUGUCUCCUGCUCUUUGUCUCUUCUCACCAUCGGAGUAGCUUGGCUUUUUUACCGACCGUUAGUGGCUGUGGCUCUGGGAGCACUAGCUCUGCUUCCAGUGUUUCUCACCCGCUCAGGACUUCCAGCCAAGAAGAACGAGUGACUAGUGAACUGAUGAUUAUCAUAACAGUUUCUGAUGCCUGGCUGUAGCCACCCAUCAGAGCUGUGAGACAGUAUUGUGCAGCUGUUUUUUUGUUUAUUUCCACAGCAGGAUUACACACCACAUAGGAAAAAAGACAUUCUAUGGUAAUAAAUGUGCUUUGUUGUAAUAGGUAUAAUCAUUGCUUUCAUCCAAAAUCAGUCAGUGUUUCAGUGGACUUGAACAUAAUCAUUUUUAGUAAUAGUCACUACUGAUGUUGUGGAAGCUGAUGCCUCAAAUGUUAUCAGAUGCGACCUUUUUAAAAGUUCAUCCACCGAUAAGCCUCACUGUGCUCUCACUUGGUAUUUUGUUGCUGGAAGAUGCACAGCAAACUCUUUUUCAUCUAGAUAUUUUGUUGCUCACAAUGAGCAACACAAGAUUACUUUAGUCUCGUUUUUACUGUAAAUAUAACUCACCAAAGACUUGUUGCUCCCUCCACAGAAUGUAGACACAAGUGUCAGUUUCAGGUACACCUAGCUAAAGCUAACUCAGUCUAAUACAACAAUCCUGCAAUAAAGCCGACCUUCAUGGAGAUUAUAAUGUUGAGUUUUUGUUGAAACUGUUUUAGAAGGUGUUGAUUCAACUGUGUGGAGGAUGUAGUUUGUGGUGCUCUUGACAUAUUGUUAUACUGAGAGGUGAUUCUAUUAUUUAGUCUAUACUCAUCGAUUGUAAAUGAGGUGGACAAAGUAUUAGUUUCAACAAAAACUGAACAUUAUAACGUUCAUGAAGGUAGGAUUUAUUGCAGGACUGUUUUAGACUGCAUUAGCUUUGGCUAGGUGUACCAAAUAAAUUGGUAAGAAUGUCAGUGCUUUGGGGCGCCCCGGUAGUUCACCUGGUAUGUACCAUGUAUCAGGGCUGAGUCCUUACAGAAAUGGGAGAAAUGCCAAAAAAAAAACAAAUUAUGUCAGUGCCUUUUCUAAGCACUUUGUCUGGACAAAAUGACCCAUCUUGGUGAAAUACCAAAGAACUGAGGAUCUGCAAUAUUGUUGUAUUGUUUGAAUGCAAUUUAUGUCAAUAAAGCACUUUUUGUAUCAA